GCUUUAUAUUCAAUCUUAUACUAUCAUCACACAAUGGAACUCAAAUUUGCAGUGUUGGUAUUGACUUUGCUCUAUUGUGGACUUGUAAAUGCGCAAAUCUAUGAUGUGCUUAAAUUCGGUGCUAAGGGAGAUGGUACUACAGAUGAUUCAAAGGCUUUUGUAGAAGCAUGGAAAUCUAUGUGUAGUUCUGGUGGAGAAAACAAAACACUUCUUAUUCCUUCAGAGAAUACGUUUUUACUACAACCUCUAGUGUUUCAAGGCCCUUGCAAAUCUUCUUCUGUACAAGUUCAGUUUGAUGGAAAAAUCGUUGCCCCUAUCAACAAAGCAGCAUGGACAGACUCUGAGACACAAAUAUGGGUUGGUUUUAAUGGCAUAAUUGGUUUAACAGUCACCGGUUCAGGAAUGAUCGAUGGACGUGGUUCGUCUUUCUGGGAGCCAGGAUUGUCAGCUUCUAAACGGCCAACUCAAUUACGAUUUCAAGGAUGCAGUAAUCUUCAGAUAAUUGGAAUAACCUCAGUCAAUAGCCCGAGAAACCAUAUUUCGAUCAGCAACUGCAAAGAUGUUGACAUAACGAAGAUAGAACUUGUUGCACCUGAUCUGAGUCCUAACACCGAUGGAGUUAAUAUCGCAGAUUCAAGUAAUGUCAACAUAUUCGACACUAAAAUUGGAACCGUGUGGGAAGUCUUGGAAAAGAUGGAGAAGAAUCUGAAGUUGAGAAUGUUCUCGUGGCUGAUUGCAUUUUUAAUAAGACUGAUAAUGGAGCUAGAAUUAAGACAUGGCCGAAUGGAAAAGGAUAUGCAAGAAAUAUAGUUUUUAAGGGCAUCGAGCUCAUAGAAACAAAAAAUCCAAUUAUAAUCAACCAAAACUAUAUAGAUAAGGGACGUCUUGGUGUUGAGAAAUCAGCAGUGGCAAUUAGCAACGUGACAUUUACAGACGUUUUUGGAACUUCACGAAUUGAUGAGAUUGUAAAGAUAGAUUGCAGCAAAGUCACAUAUUGCAAAGACGUUGUUUUAAAUCAUAUUGAUAUUUUUACGAUCGAUGGAACUAAGCCCAUAGUUGAAUGUAGCAACGUAUAUGGAAAGUCGAGCAAUGCUAGCCAGAUUGAUGGCUGUUUCAUGCAAAAGUAAUCUAAUUUAGGUAUGAAAUAUAUACAUUUACUAUUGCAAGAAAAUGAAAGAUAAACUUAGUCUCUUUGUAAUAAAUAUAUAAUUCUAUCCAAUGAAUGUAUUAUUAUAUUAACUAUUGUUAUAUAUGCAGACUAUAAAACAUUUUAUAUAUAUUCUAAUAAAUUUUGAUAUGCUGCCACGUGACAUAUAAAAACCUCACAUGUGUCAAUUUUUUAUAAUUUUUAUUAAAUUUUCUUUCAUUAAAACAAACACAUUUU